AUGGGUGAACCAUCGUUACAAGAGACAAAUGAGAAUGUUGUUGUAGAUGAACCAAAACUUCAGCUUGGUCAAGAAUUCGAAUCAAUAGAGGAGGCCUAUUACUUUUACAAUGAGAUAUAUGCAAAGACUAUUGGUUUUAGUGUGAGAACGGGUUCAACUAAGAGAAGUAAGGUGACUGGAGAGAUUACUUGGAAACAAUUUUUAUGUUCCAAGGAAGGAAAAACAGAUGAGACUUAUGAGAACUCAAGACGGCAACAUUCAUCGACCAUGGAAGAAAGGAGGUGCGGAAUAAAGCGUAUGGGUUGUAAGGCAAGGUUGAACAUCGUCUUUAACAAGGCAAGCAAAAAUUGGUGUGUAAGUGACUUCGAGGAGGCUCAUACACAUGAACUUACAACCCCCAAAAGAGUACAUUUAUUACCAUCACACCGCAAGCUUACAAAGGCAAAAAAGUGUCUUAUGGAAAAGCUAAGUAGUGUUAAUGUUCGAACAAGUCAGCAAUUCAAAAUAAUGGAGACUGUGGCAGGUGGUAUACAGAAUGUUGGAUGUAUUCCCAGAGAUUUGAGAAACUUUGAAAGAGAUUCAAGGGAAGAAGUGAAGGGACAUGAUGCAACUAUGCUACUUGAGUUCUUAGAGUCAGAAAAGGAAAAGAAGCCGUCUUUUUAUUUUGAAGUUGACCGAGAUGAAGAAAAUAGGAUGAAUCGUUGCUUUUGGGCUGAUCCUACCUCAAAAAAAGCAUAUUAUUUCUUUAACGAUGUUGUUGUGUUUGAUACCACGUACAACACAAACAAAUAUCGCAUGAUCUUUGCUCCAAUCACUGGCGUCAACCAUCAUGGCCAAACAAUUGUAUUUGGUUGUGGACUUCUAAGUGAUGAGAAAACUGAGUCUUUUAUUUGGUUACUGGAACAAUGGUUGAAAGCUAUGCCUAGUGGUCCACCGAAAGCUAUAAUUACUGAUCAAGAUCCAGCAAUUGCAAAAGCCAUUGCUCAAGUUCUUCCACUUACACUCCACCGUUUUUGUCUUUGGCAUAUCAUGUUUAAAUUUCGAGAUAAGCUUGGUCCUGUGAUUGCUCAAAGUUAUUAUGGACUCUUCAAAGCCAGUGUAUAUAACUCCAAGACUAAAGAAGAAUUUGAAGCUAGUUGGAAGAAUGCUGUGCAAAAAAGUAGUCAAGAAAAUCAUGCGUGGUUGAACACAAUGUAUGAACUACGAAGUAAAUGGGUCCCUGCAUUUUGCAAUCACAUCUUUCAUGCGGGAUUAAAAGGGGACUUAGACAACAAAGGCAUGAAGAACUGA